CUUUCUCUCUCUCUCUCUCACACACACACACAAACAUAUUGUUCUUAAUCUCACUGCAUAACUAGCUCUUACGAUUUUAAUUUUUUGUUUAAUUUAAAGUAACUGUUAUGCUUUUAUUAUUACAAUAAGCUUAUGUACACUCAUUUUGCUGUUGAUGGUACUAUUCAUGCAUCAUUAAGAAUUUAUUGGCAAAAGAAGGACAAUUGAGAAUCAAUUUAGUGCUAUCUAAAACGUAAUGGAAUUAUUUGUUCCCAUGGAAUCCAAAUGUCCCCAUUCCUUUCCAUGAUUAUAUAGUAUUGUCAUUCUCAUCAUUUUAUCAGUUAAGAUAAAAUUCCCAUAUUGGGAAACAAGAAUAAAAGAUGCAUAUUGCAUCAUUAAUAAAGCAUGCAUAGACUUGAAACUUGAAUGGCAACCAGUUUAGAUGGAGGCCAAACACAAGUUCAUGGUGAUAUAUAUAUGUGUGUGUGCGCAUAUAUGAAAUUUCAAUGUCAAUUUAUAAUUCCCUUGACAAAACCCCACAUUUAAUAGUACAUGACCUGUAAUAUGUGAACACAGAAGUGUUGCCUUCUGACAAGAACAGAAGGUGCUAAACACACAUCACCAUACACAUAAAAGGUGAAUCUUGUUAUAUUUGAAUAUUUGAAUAUCCUAUCCUUGUUGUAGAGACUUAAGUAGCGAAGAAAGUAUAAAAUAAUAAUAAUAAAAAAGUGUCACUCACUUCUUAUUUUGCAUUAUAUAGUAUGGGUGAAAUCCAGUAUAGAGUCAACAAGUGUUUGACACAGUAAUACCAAGCUUGAGAUCCAGAUCAAAUUGGACAAAGAAAAGAAAAUUAUUAGGCUGGCCGUGAUAAAGGGAUAGGUACGAUGAAAGAGGAUUUGAUUAAGAACUUGGGAACCAUAGCCAAAUCUGGAACAUCAGCUUUUGUGGAGAAAAUGCAAACAAGUGGAGACCUUAAUCUCAUUGGUCAGUUUGAUGUUGGGUUCUACUCAGUAUAUCUUAUUGCUGACUAUGUUGAAGUUGUUAACAAACAUAAUGAUGAAAAACAGUAUGUAUGGGAAUCAAAGGCUGAUGGAGCAUUUGCUAUUUCUGAGGAUGUUUGGAAUAAGCCACUUGGUUGUGGAACUGAAAUCCGAUUGCAUCUUAGAGAAGAAGCCGGGGAGUACUUGGAGGAGAUCAAAUUAAAGUUACUUGCUAAGAUUUUGUACCAUGGACAAUGAGGUGGUUUUUUGACAAGUGCAGACUGAAACUCAAGUGCUAGAAGGUUUAUAAAUUUGCUAAAUAGAAGUGCUAGGAAAUUGAUGAUAUUCUUGACAAAUGGAUUUAGUUCCUGUUUUGGAACAUUGAUGAAUGGUGAAUUGUUUUGGAACAUUAGUAAAUGAUGAAUUUUUUAAUUGUAGAA